AUGGAUAAUAGACACUAUUUUGUGGCCUUCCUGGCAGUUAUUGGCUUAUUUUUCUUAUUAGCAUUGAUCACAAUUCCUAUAUGGAUCCCAAUCCUGAUAUUCAACACCCCAUUGAUCAUUGGAAUCUAUUUGCUUGCCAAAUACACUCGUUUUGGAGGAGUUCUAGAGAAAUGGUAUCUUGCAGUCUAUGACUGGCUGGUGUACCAAUCAGAAACCCCAAGAAGACUCCUCUGGCAAGGAUUUUAUGAGUUCAUGAGCUGGUACAACCAGGAUACUGAUUGGGUCACUAUGAAUUACGGAUACGCCCUUCUCACAGAUGAUGGUCACAUGAUUGAUAAUUUACUGACAGAAGAGCAAGAUAAGCACGAGUGCUUCUCUCUUCAGCUCUACUACUUCAUCACUGGGACGAAUAAAGCCUUCAAGUCUCUCGAAGGCAAGACCCUUGUCGAAAUUGGCUCAGGAAGAGGCGGAGGUAUCUCCUUUUUGACAAGAGUUUUCAAACCAGAAAAAGCUAUUGGAGUUGACUUUUCCAUGAACCAAGUUGAGUUCUGUAAAGGAAGACACUCUAAUAUCAACCAACUUGAGUUUCAUCAAGGAGAUGCAGAAACUUUCACAACAGUCGAAGGAAUUGGCGAGGAUUCAGUCGAUGCUAUUGUCAAUGUAGAGUCUUCCCACUGAUACGGAAAUAUUGAUAAUUUCUUCACUCAGAUCAAUAGAGCACUCAAGAAGGAUGGAGUUUUCUGUUACACAGAUUUUAGAGGGGUAGAAGGCAUGGAAGAACUCCAAGCUAAAGUUGAAGAGUAUUUCGUAGUUGAGAAAUCUAUUGAUAUCACUAGAAAUGUAUGCUACGCUUUAAAGUUAGAUACACAAAGAAGGUUAGCAGUAAUUGAGGAAAAAUGCCCCAAAAUAUUUGUCCCCCUCAUCAAUAAGUUCUCAGGAGUCACUGGUAGCAGAGUUUAUGACGAACUUUCUGAGAGAAAGACACUUUACCAUGCUUGGCUUCUGAAACCAAAGAAAGCUGGUCCCAGUGAGGAAAUUAUGGAAUAA